UUUAAUUAAAUGCUGACAUUAAUUAGAAGCUAUAUUAGCAAAACAUUGUAUUAAGUUUGAAAUGUAAAAUGACUUGCGUUGAAAAGGCUUGAAACUUCCAGGAAGUUUCCACAUUUCUCCAACAUAUUAUUACCAUCAUUAUCUAAUCUUAGGGAAGAAAAAAAAAACAGAAAAAGAAUGGUAAACGAUUUUCAUCAUAUAUAUAGAAAACGAAAAGGGAAAAUAAAGAAACAAGUAUUAUUCUAAAAUUACAUGUACUUAAUUGGCACUUCCAUUUCACAAACCUUGGUUGGGUUCGUUCGUAUCUUACUGUGCAGCACUUGCAACAGACACAUGGAUUUUGAACCAGGAACGACGUCGAUCUUGCAAAACGCGGGCGGCGUCAAGAGUUCGCAGAGGCUCGCUCGAAUGGCUCACAACAUGUCAUCGUCAUCGUUGCGAAAGAAGUCUGAUCUGACCCUCGUCUCCAAGGUUCGUUUCGGUUCCCUCAGACUAUUUCUUGUAAAUCUUCAAGAGGUCAUUUUGGGAACCAGGAUUUGGAUUCUUUUUCCGGCCGUGCCGUUGGCUGUUUUGGCUGACUCUUUCGGCUUUGCAAGACCAUGGGUUUUCGUUGUUAGCUUAAUGGGUCUUGCUCCACUUGCUGAACGCCUUAGCUUUCUGACCGAACAAAUCUCAUACUUCACUGGUCCUACAGUUGGUGGGUUGCUAAAUGCGACGUGUGGCAAUGUGACGGAAUUAAUCGUAGCAAUUUUUGCACUAAGAAAGGAAAAGAUUAAGUUGGUCAAAUAUUCUCUAUUGGGAUCUCUUCUUUCAAACCUUCUUCUUGUUCUUGGAACCUCACUCUUCUUUGGCGGCAUUCUCAAUCUUAACAAACAACAGACCUUUGACUCCAGUCAAGCUGAGGUGAACUCGCACAUGCUGAUGUUGGCGCUUUUGUGCCACUCUCUACCAAUGCUAUUCCCUUACGCCGGAGGAUCGGUUGACGUGGCAGGAGUCGGUGCGGUGCGAUUGUCUAGAGCCUGUAGUAUAGUAAUGCUGGUUGCAUAUGUCGCUUACUUGAUCUUUCAACUUUGGAGUCAUCGCCGAUUAUUUGAAGCAAACGAGGAAUUGGACGUAUACGACGACGGCUUAGAAGAAGGUCCGGUGAUCGGAAAAUGGAGCGCCAUGGCUUGGUUGGUGGUUGUCACCCUUCUCGUUGCUUUGUUGUCUGAGUACGUGGUCGCCACAAUUGAGGAUGCAUCGGAAACUUGGGGUUUAUCUGUUGCAUUCCUUAGCAUAAUAUUGCUGCCAUUGGUUGGAAAUGCAGCUGAGCAUGCAGGUGCUGUCAUUUUUGCUUACAAGAACAAGUUGGAUAUAACUUUAGGUGUUGCAUUAGGAUCUGCGACUCAAAUAGGAAUGUUUGUGGUUCCUUUGUCUGUAAUUGUUGCUUGGGUUAUGGGAAUAAAUAUGGAUCUUAAUUUUAAUAUUAUCGAAACUGCCUCCCUUGCUCUCUCAGUAUUGGCUUCAUCAUCCAUUUUACAGGAUGGUAAUUCUCACUACAUGAAGGGAUUGAUUCUCCUCCUCUUCUAUAUUGUGAUUGCAACGUAUUUCUUCCUAACUAGUGAUGAUGUUACUGUCAACAAUCUAGGGCUGUCAAGCGUCGAACUAAAGCAACAAUAGCCAAAUUUUGUUAUGGAUAGCAAAGAAUAUAUAUGUAUUUAUGAAAUAUAGCAAAAAUUUAAAUGAGUUAAAAAGAAGGUUUUGAUAAAUUUUGCUAUAUUUUGUAAAUAGUUUCAGUAUUUUACUAUUUUAAAAAAAAAUCAUAUUUUUAUUUUAUGUUUUAAGGAUUUUUUUUGUUAAUAUUUUAUCUGGUCUUAAUGAACAUCUCAAGUUAAAGUUGCUGCGAAAUGAAUUAAAAUAUUUAUGAAAUAUAAUAAUAAAAUUUCAAAUUU